CAUUUGAGGUCAGCUCAGACAUGGAGAAGAGAGCACAGAAACAAAGAGGAGGUGAGAAUGUCCCUUUGGAGAGCGCGGUGCAGUGGGCAGAGGCAGAGGUGCUGGCCCUGAUGAAAGUGUGGGGCGAGUUAGGGCCUCGAGAGGAGACCAGAGCCACAUACGAGCUGCUCUCAGACGGUCUGAGGAGGCUCAGGGUGCUGCGCAGCUGGAGGGAGUGCCAGGCCCAGUGCAGGAGUCUAGGACUGCACUGCACCAACACCAAAGAGGAGGACCCAGGGCUAGACUACAACCCAGAGAGGCACAGAACGGACCCCACAGCAAUGAAGGAGGACUGGGAAGAGGAGCAUGGAGGGGGCAACAGCAGAGGAAUGUUCCAGUCGUCAAUGCAGGAAGGAAUGAAGGUCAUUGUCCAUCGCGCACUGUCCUACAAUGCUAGCACCCCUGAAGAAGGUGGUCGUCACUGGUCAGACGACGAGGUGAGAGCGCUCCUGUGUGUUUGGGCCGACAAGAACAUCCGGGAGCGCCUAAAAUGUACGCUACGCAAUAAGACCAUCUUCCAAGAAAUGUCCCGCCUGAUGGAGAAAAACUUUGGGAUCGUACGCAAUUGGAAGCAGUGUCGCACCAAAUACAAGAACCUGAAAUAUGACUACAAAACUGUGAAAACAACUCUUGAUGCAGGUGGCAGCAGUAGUGUAGCAGGACCCAACAAGUACAUGAAGUUUUUUGAGGAAGUGGAGGCCAUAAUGCUGGACCAUGGAUUGGAGCGGGGGUCCCUGGACAUGCAGAAGAGAGUGUUCGAUGGAGAAAUGGCAACACUAAAUACAACAGGCUCUGAAAAUGAGGCGGUCAUUGAAAUCGACGAUGAUGAGAACAGCGAUGAGUAUGAUGGUGAUGGAGAAGUGGACACUGGGAACUGGAAAGGAACUGAUGCAUCAAGCUCUGACCAAAUCCAAGUGGUAACCAUUUCAGACACAGGUCGUAACUGGAGUGACCAGGAAGUGAGAGCUCUCAUCCAGGUUUGGUCUGACGAGCGCGUUCGAACACAACUGGAAAGCUCAACGAGAAAGAGGGACAUUUUUAUCCAAAUCUCAAACUUACUGAUGCAGCAGGGCAUAGAGCGUGACUGGAAACAAUGCCAUACAAAGUACAAGAACCUUAAGUACCUGUACAGGUCUCUACAGAGGAGCAGGACAGAGAAGUCGGACCCCAGGCACCUAAUGCGUUUCUAUGAGGAGUUGGACGCCAUUAUGAAUCGUCCCAAAAAUAACAGUAUACACAGCUCACCACACGAUACUACAGCACACAUGGACUAUAGCCUGGACACUGCACAGAUCCCCACUUUGGACAAUGAUGACCAGACAGAUGCAUAUUUGCCCAAAGUUAAUGUCACAUCCAUCGCUGCACAGCCAGGAAGCACCUCUGAAUCUGGGCUCUCAAUGGCCUUUGAUCUUACGCCCAGCACUCAGGAGCAGAGGACACACACAAACAGAGAAAACUGCAUGAACAAACAAGCCAAUCAGCCUGUCCAUUUGGAGAAAAGACCAGAAAGAAUUAAUCUUCCUUCAACAAACCGCGGACAGAAGAGGAAAGCUGAGGAUCAAGCACCCAUAACCCAAUCCAUAACAGGAAAAAGAAUUAACACAGGAAUCAACACUGUUCAAAGGGUGGAUUGUUGCAAAGAAGAGCAAGGACAUUUUCCCAUAAUAAAAAUCAAUUCAGUUCAUUCAAUGGCCUCAUCUGACACAUCCCAAGACACCCAGGUAAAUACCAAUCGAUGUAAAACUUGCCAGAGUGUUCUAACUUUGAUUAUGUGCAGGGGAGACAAAAAUGGACUAUGCACCCAAGAUCAUGAGAGUAGUAUAGAUCAUUUUCAAAAGAAUGUUUACCUGUGCUGCAAAGCUACAAGACCCAAUGUCAAGAUCUGGGCGACCUCCAGUUGGGUGGGCCAAUCUCCAGCUGCUACACACCCGAAAACCCCACACUCUUCCCCUAUACCCGACUCUUCAAACUCCAUCCCGCGGCGUGCGUCUGCUGCUGCUUCUCUGUGCGUCAAUCUGAACCUGGCGCUUCUACCACGUGCUGCCAAAAAACGCAAGCAGAUGGCGAUAAUCUCGAAAAAGUUCUCCAUCCUUCUCUCACAAACAUUUGAUGAUCUCGGAUUUUUUCAGACGACCAUGGCAUCCACAACAGAGUUGAAAGUUGGCCAAAAACUGAACGAAGGCAAGACGAAGCAGAUCUUUGAGCUCGUGGAUCAGCCCGGACAGGUCCUGGUCCAGUCCAAGGACCAAAUCACGGCUGGGAAUGCUGUGAGGAAGGAUCAGAUGGAGGGGAAGGCUGCCAUCGCCAAUAAGACCACGAGCUGCGUGUUUAAGCUGCUGCAGGAAUCUGGUGUUAAAACUGCCUUUGUAAAACAGCACUCGGACACAGCGUUCAUUGCAGCACAUUGUGAAAUGAUUCCUAUUGAGUGGGUUUGUCGACGUAUAGCAACAGGUUCCUUCCUCAAAAGAAAUCCAGGAGUCAAGGAGGGCUACCGCUUUUCUCCUCUCAAGAUGGAGAUGUUCUUCAAGGACGAUGCUAACAAUGAUCCCCAGUGGUCAGAAGAGCAGAUUCUUGCAGCCAACUUCAACCUGGCAGGACUCACAAUUGGCAAAUGUGAGGUGGACAUUAUGAGUCGCAGCACUGUGGCCAUUUUUGAGAUUCUGGAGAGGGCCUGGGCCACUCAGGACUGCACUUUGGUUGAUAUGAAGAUUGAGUUUGGAGUGAAUGUAAAGACUCAAGAGAUUGUCCUGGCUGAUGUAAUUGACAAUGAUUCUUGGAGGUUGUGGCCAUCCGGUGAUCGAAGCCAACAGAAGGACAAGCAGGUAUAUCGAGAUCUUAAGGAGGUUACACCUGAAGCAAUGCAAGUGGUGAAGAGAAACUUUGAGUGGGUUGCAGAGAGAGUGCAGCUUCUGCAUGAGUCCCAAACUAAUGGCAGAGUGGUCGUCUUGAUGGGCUCCACCUCGGACAUGGCUCACUGUGAAAAGAUCAAAAAGGCCUGCACGUCUUAUGGCAUUCCUUGCAUUUUGAGAGUUACCUCUGCACACAAGGGCCCAGAUGAGACGCUUCGUAUUAAGGCAGAAUAUGAAGGUGAUGGCGUGCCCACUGUCUUUGUAGCUGUAGCGGGCAGAAGCAAUGGUCUUGGUCCAGUCAUGUCUGGAAACACAGCUUACCCAGUGAUCAACUGUCCUCCUCUCACUCCAGACUGGGGAGCUCAAGAUGUGUGGUCGUCUCUCCGCAUGCCAAGUGGUCUUGGCUGCUCCACCAUCCUUUCUCCUGAUGCUGCAGCCCAGUUUGCCGCACAGAUCUUCGGACUAACCAGUCACCUGGUUUGGUGCAGGCUCAGGGCGUCCAUGCUCAACACCUGGGUCUCUUUAAAGCUGGCAGACAAAAAGCUCCAAGCCUGCAGUAUCUGAGUGCUAUUGUUAAAACUGUACUUCCUACUUUCACUUUCUGUUGGCCAACUAACUACUCCAUAGUUCUACACUUUUUACUUGCUGCAUUCCAUUAAAAAUAGAUCUCUUGA